GAAAAAAUCUGGCUUAGUUAUGUACUGUGUUGAUAAAUACGAUGGAAAUGGAUGGGCAGCUGAUCACUUAACGACGUCAACAACAGAUACUCAAACCGUCUUUAGUAAUUUAUUUACGUAUUCAACGGUAUUGAACCACUUAAAUUAAAUGUUUAUAAGUCGGAAACAUUGUUCACGAAAUAAUUUUACUUAAAAUGGCAACUGAUCCUCCAGAAAGGUACAGCAGUCAGUGGAUAUCUAAUUUUUUCCACGACUUCCCCCAUUUCGAUUUCAAAUUCAAUCAAGUCAAUUCUACGUUUGAUCCCGAGAAGGAAAGUUACAGAGAGGUAGUAAUUUGUUUGUUACACUGUUUUAGUCUGACAUUAAGUGUCAGAAAUUAAAUACCAAGUAGUACUAGCCAUUGUCUGUACUUAAUCAUAUUAAUGUGAGUUAUUCUGUUGUUUCAAUUUUAGUAAUUAAUUUUAAUAAUUAGGUACCAUACUAAAAUAUACAUAAUUUUAUUGUUUAUUUACUAUUUCCCAGUAAGCCCAGUUAUUUUCAUGUCAUCCACAUGGCCUUGCUAAAUUGAAUAUUUUGUUGACUUGUGCCUCUUUUUGUAUCAUUAUCAUAGGCUUGGACUUUGAUACAAUUUUAAAAUUUAAUGAUUUAAAUUUAAGCAAUGAACACCUCUUUAAGAUAGCCCUGCCUUGUUGUUAAAAUGAAGUAAUAAUGUUUUGAUUUUUCAUGCAAUACUUUGGUUAAAAAGUUAUGACUUUUUUGUGAAUUAUUUUGGGAUAACUUUGUUAAUUGAAGGAAGGAAAUGUAUGUGAACUAACACAAGUUGUCACUGUUUUAACUUUAAUAACAUUUUUGAGGUAGAGUGGGGGAAAACUUAUAAUGACUUAUUAUUUGCCGGAUGAAUAUUUCCAGUUUCAGAGCUCAAAUGGGAUAAUAUAUUCAAUGGUUUCAGUAGUUCUUUUUUUAAUUUAAAAUGUACAUUUUUUACAAUUAUAUUAUAUUUAUAAUACUGCUGAUUCAGGGUUGCUGGUUUACAAUAAGAAAAGACAGUUAAGUGUAACUAAGCUGCAGAAAAUCAUGUACAAAAAUAUAAAAUUAAGUAGACUGACAAGCAGCAAUUAUUGUCUUUAAUUUGUGAAGUACAAAUCGGAAAAUAUCAAAACCAGAUUAAAAAUAUGGGAACCUCAUAUCUCUCAGCCCAUGAGCAUUGAUAGCACAUGUAUUUUUUAAAUAUUGUGAGUAAUAUACCCAAUUUUUUUAAAAAUUAGAAAUAAGGUAAGUAGGUGUUGAAUUAAUAAAAUGAAAUAUCCGUUACUAUGAAAUAAUGUUAUCUAUUAUUAAUUUGUGUAUUAAUUUUUUCCCAACAUGACAGGCUUUACUCACUUGGGCACUGGUUCCAGUUGCUGUUUGCAUCUUGUUAUGGCUGAUAUUUAUGUUUUACUUCAUCGUACGUGCUUGCAAGCAGUUGGACAAAUCAAAUGCACGUCCAUCAUCAUGCCCAGCUAUCACUACUGGGUUACUGUUAUUUUUGGGAGUGUAAGUAGAGAUAUCUGUCAUGCUUUAAAACAUAAGUUAAGAACUGGUUGCUGAACAGCUACACAAACCUGACAGUAUGCAAAGUUGGGGCACUUAGACCAUGUAAAGAGUAUCAGGUAUCAUAAAUUAGAUAUUGAUAAAAAGCAAAAAAAAUGUAGGUGCAGAGAAAAAAAAUAGAAAUAAUAUCUCCUUGAUUACAUAUUUAGAUGGCUAUUGGAAUUUUGAACCUAACAUAUUUUCAUAAUUUAUUAAACCCUCUCUCAUAAUUUCAAGACCACAAGAAUUUAUUAUAUAAACAAUAUUAUGUUUGUAGAUAUCUUUGGUUCUAUAUACAAUUGUGAUAAAUGUUUCUUUUCAACCUACCUAUUUUAUUCACUUUAUGAAAUAAAGCAGCAAGAUUACUGGCAAAACUCUUAGAGAAGUCUUAGAUAACAUUUAAAUACAUGUUUAAGCGCCUGAUCUGUCUCCAAAAUGUCUCUACCAUUUUUUUGCUCCUAAUCUAAUUAUGUUAUUUUCAGAGGUCUAAUCGGGUUAUGCUUGUAUGAAAAUGAGAAUGGUCAUCAAAGUGUUGGUGCUGUGAAAAGUCCUGCUGUUGAAGCCACAACUACUUUCCACAAUGCAAGACUGAGGGCAAGUAAUUAAACUUAUGUUUAUACAACUUCUUAACUAAACUAAAAUGUGAAGAUUUUUUUUUAUUUUGAAAACUUAAGUCUCUUAUGUUUUUAUUUUACAUAUGUGUGCUAAAAAUAAAUAAAAGAGUAUAACUUAUAAUUUUUAUUCGAUUGUUUAAUUUUUUUUUUUAAUUUCAGAUAAUAGCUUUGGGCUCAAUGCAGGCAGAUAUUUUAGGCCCAAUAUAUUCAGAAAUUAAAGAUGCAUUGAACUCAAUUCCUGAUGGUCAACUCAGAAACAAGUCUUAUGAACUGCUAGAAAUUAUUAAGAAGGGAGCCUUUGAAUCCAAAGAUUAUUUGAAAAUAAUAAAAUCUUUUGAUGUUGUUAAUAAAACCAGUGAUUUUAUUGACUUGACCAAUGACAUUGAAUAUUACAGGUACUUUAACCAAUUUGACUUUUGUAUAGUUUGUAAUAAUUACUAAGGCCUUAUGAGGAACAAUAUUACAAAUGUUUCAAAUAUGAUUGUUCCUUACAAUAUUCAUCUUGUCACUGUAUAAAAUUAUUUUUCUGUUGUGGUGAUUACCAACUGACAAACUUACCAACUGGUGUUUCGCAAAUAUUUUUUUUUUUGAAAAUCGAGCUUUAUUUAUAUAAAAAUCUUGAAUCAGCACCUAGUGGGAUGUUAAGUAUAGUAGAAUAGUCUUUCAACCAAUUACAACUUAAUAUAGGCAUUACUUUUAAUUAGAAAUAUUGCAUCUCAUUCAACAAGGGUUUUAAACACAUGUUUGGAAUUUGCUAAAUUUCUUUAACCCCGUAGCGACAGGAACUUAAAAAGGAGACUUUAAAAUGUUCAAAAAGACUAUAGCAAAAAUAAACUUGGGGGGUGUUAACAAGAAAUAUUUAAUAAUAAUAAAAAGUUUAUUUGAAAAUCACUCUUCAUCUCCAAAGGCUCGAAGUGUGGCACAAAGUCAACCACAUUAGAAGAGAAAUGAAAAAAUCUAUAUUAUACCACAUUGAAAUACAAAACGCUUAAUUACAAAAACUACAUACGAGAAUACUCAUUCUAUAUAUGCUAAUGCAGUAGACAAAAGUUUAGUACUUGAUGAAGGGGAGAUUAUUUUACCUGAUAUAUGUAUUAAUUUUUAAAAAACUAUAUUUUAUAUCCUUUUGAAAUAUGUUUUAGGAAAUUAAAUUACAUGUGUCAGUUUUAAAUGGCCCUUUGAAUAAUUAAACAUAUUUUAAGGUUUUGUAAAAAGACAACACAACCCUACACCCCCCCCCCAAUUAAUUUGCAAGCCAUUUAUUUUCAUAUGUUCAAGUUACCAUUAGUACUAUAGGUUGAUGGUGCAUUUAUUGCAUUCAAGUGACCAUGAAUGCUCUAUGGUACAGUAGCAUUGAUGACAACCAAUCACGGUCACCUGAGCAGAGUACAUAAAAGUUUUAUUUUAAUCUUUCUUAUCAGAUGGGUGAUAACUAUUGUGAUGAAUUGCUGGUACAUCUUCAUAUUUCUCAUGACCAUGGUGGGUCUGUUGAUACGAUCAAGGAUAACGCUCAUUGUGUAAGUAGAUAUUAAUAAAUCAACAUUGAUAAUCUCAUGCUUUGGCCUACUUUUUUUAAAAUUGAAACCUGUGUUCACCUAAUUAUGAUUUAAGAAGGAACAAUAAAUCCUUAUAAUUAAAAAAAAUAAUAGAUUAAGAAUUAGGAAAUCGCUGAUAACAAUUUAAAGCAAUUGGUGAUUAUAUCUAAACAAAUUUUAAAACAUGUUUAAAAGUUUUAAUAAUGAUGUUGAACUCAAUAAGUCUAUAUAUAUUAUAUAUAUAACAACCUUUUAUUAUAUAUAUUUAUAUAAAUGGUAUGAAAUUUUUAUUUUUAAAAAGAUAGGUUGUUAAAGUGAUAGUUAAAUUAUUUUUCAAUGAAACAGAUCUGCUGUAAUAGCCGUAAUUUCGUCCAUUCUCAUCUGGGUGGCGACUGGAGCUUAUUUGGGUGUUUCAUUAGUAAGUACAGUUCUGAUAUCAGUUUGUUCCUUUGGGUUGUUGAUCUAGGAAAAAACAACAACUCUAUAGUAUUAAAGAUAUUGGCAUUCACAUUACUGCACAACCACACUAACUUGGUUGUAUAGGUAUCUGGAAGCAGUAACCUAUGCAUCGGUUCUAAAGAUACAUCAAUAAUGAAGAAAAUACAAUGUGGACAUAAAAUUUUUAAAGAAGACAUAGAAUUGAUUUCAUUGUCUAUUCUAUAUCCUUGUUUGUAGUAAUUGGAUGUAGUGUGUCAUAAAUGGUGAGAUUUCUGCAAGUAUGAAAGAUUUGUGAAAUGUUUUUUGAUAGAUGUUUUCCUGAGAUUUUCUAGGGUGGAAGAAACACAUUACACGUCAUGGGAAAUGCCUGGAUUCAAAGAUCCAUGUUCAUGUUUUUUUCUGACAUGAGCUAUGCAAAUUUUAAAAAUCACGAUUUUGCACUGUUGCUAGGUCAGUCAUGAAUGAACAUCUUCUCUGAGCAUGUUGCGUAAGAUAGCUUUGCUCAUUACAUGAGAACAUUGGGUUGAGUGUUAAUUUACUUAAUGCCUGAUUGUUGUGAAAUUUAUUGUUACUGAAGAAUCAUUCCUAGACCAGGAUGGGCAACCUUUUACCAAAAUAGUCAUAGUUGGCAAAUGAAAAGUAAAAUUCGCCACUAUAUAUAAAUCAUAAAACACUACAAUUACAUCAAAUGAGAGUAAAUACAGCCCAAUGCAGCGGCUCUGCUAAUAGAUUAUAUUUAAAAUGACACUAUGGCAUCAAUUUUCAGAUUCCUCCAGAUUAUUUGUCUACCACAGUUGGUUUUAAUUUUUUUUAAAGCAUUGUCCCAUGAAAUAGUUGAUCACUGGUUGUGACAACUGAGGGCAGUGAAAUUUAAAAUAUUAAUUCAUAGUUAUACUGACUGUAUAUUUUGCUAAAUCAGGCCUACACAACUCAAAAUGUAAGGCGGGCCGAAAUACUUAAUGAAAAACUUGUGUGCUGAAAGAAAAUAGGAAAAGGGUUGGGGGGGGGGGCAAUAAGAAAAUAAUAAUAAUAAAGAUUAUUUCGUUACUUCGUGGGCCACAAAGCUGGUGCUGGCAGGCUGUAUGUUGUGCAGGCCUGUGCUAGACCAUUUCAUGUCUUUUAAAUUUGUAAAUGUUUAAAUUUAAAGUCUAACACAAAUAAAAAAAAAAUGCUUUGAAAGGUAUAUUUAAUAUUACACAAAGGUAAGAUGAACAAAUUAGAUGUUAUUUUUAAGUUGGAAGAAGCUUUGCCGGCCUCAAUUGGUAAUCAUUUGUGUCCCAUUUGAUAUAUUUCUGAUAGUGACAAUGUAUUGGUGUAAUGUUAAAAGUAAAUUUCAGUUGAUGUAAACCUGAUAACGUUUUAAAAAAUUUUGUUCUGUGUUAGAGAAACGUUUGAAAAUACUAUUGAUUCCUUUUCAACAGGGACUAGGAGACCUGUGCACAGACCCUGACACAUAUUUUAUUAAUCUGGCUGAAGACCCAAGUGACAGAAGUAAGUAAGGAGGUUGGGGGGGGGGUGUAUGUCUGGAAGGAGUCUAUGAUUUAUUAUGAUUUAUUGUCAGAAGUAAACAAAGGGCUUUGUCUAGUGGGAGUCUAUGAUCUAUUAUGACAGUAGAAAGUAUAAGAGGAGAUAUGUCUGGGAGAUAUGUCUGGACUGUGAGUUUGAGGUCACACUGCCCCACACAUAAACUCUAGGCUCUAGCUGAGGACACACUUUCAAAAAAUGCUACUUUAAGUUACAAAAUCAUCGGCAUUAGUCUUAAUUUUUGGUUGAAUUAUUAAGGUAUGUCUUUGUUUGACAUUUUCUGUAUUUUUUGUUUUUUUUUGUUUAGAUCUAAAAAAUUAAAUUAACAAAUACAUAUUUUUAGAUGAGCGGGAAGUGUUUGUUGACUUAAGUUUUGGGUGGGCUGUCAUUUAAAAAUUCUGAUUGGCCUAUAAGAGUCGGAGGAUGUUGUAGUCCAGGGGUGGGCAACAUUUUUAUGCGGAGAGCAGAAUGGAAAUUAAUUUUUUUUUUGGGCAGUGUUAUGUAGCACAAUUUCCUGUGCGUGAACUUUCCUCGACCUCGCAGUACACUCCUAGUAGGCAGUAACGUCUGUUGUGGGCGUGGUUAAAUCUCUUUGAUGUAUCUUGUUUACAAUCGGCUUCCAAUUACGCAUUGGGUAGAAUGUCUCCGGGUAUCUUCUCGAAUGUACUCCUUAACCCGAGAUAUGUAAACAACACGUCAUAGGUCCUUCUGGAAGCGUCUUACACUACAUGUAUAUAAAGGAUUGACAGAUACGGAGAGACAGGGAUUUCAGAUAUAUUUUCUUAACAUUACGAGGCGUGUUUUAUUCUUUGUGUAUUUGUGUGCUCAUAUGUGUUUAUUUCGCAUUAUUUAUUGGCACAUUAUUCUAACUGUGUUAACUGUAUACCGGUAUAAGAUCUACCAUACUGUAAGUUGAAGAUUGUAAUUAUAUUUUCUUUUCUUUUGUAAUUAUCUUAAGGCUUAAUAAAUCUUAUUAAUUGUAACUAGAAACUGUUUUGGGUCAUAUCUUUAAUAUUGUUGAUUCUAUGGUAUCAUCCUUUGUUAGGCACUGUUUACAACGAGCCAAUUAAAAUUAAAAUAGGAGAUUAAUUUCUCCCAAUACACGUCAGUGCGUAACAGGCAGCAUGAUGAUUUAGAUGGAAACUUAGCUAUAAAUAAUAAACAGAAAAUAAUUUUGAACGCAAGCAUUGGAAUAAUAUUUAAGUAUGGUUGAAAUUAUUAUUACUACAGAAAAUUUUUUGCUGGGGGGUUUUAAUCCGCAAAGGCUUUUACCAAUAAUCAUUCACAAUUUGUACAUUUUACAAAUACAUUGAUCAAAUUACCGUUAUUUCUUGCUUGCAGCAUUAGAUGUUUCAGUGGGCCACAAGGUUGCCUAACCCUGCUGUAGACAGUACUUAAAUAGCUUGAUGUCCAACUAUCUCAUCCGUAGAACAAUCUAUAGAAUGAGAUGAUACUAGAAAAAAGUUACAUAAAGCAUUGUGUCCCAAAUACAUGUUUUCUGUGACCCAGUUAUUUUUAUACUGCUCCUUCAUAACGCACUAACAUUUUUACUGCCUAUUUUACUGUCUGUAGGUAACAUAUAACAUAUAUGAAUUUCCACACAGUUUUCAUACAUUAUAUAAUAUUGUUAUAGGCCUAUUGCUUUUACGUCACAAUAAUCGAACCUAGAUAUUCAACCGUAUGCGACCUGGUAAUUUUGCUUUCAUGCCCCGUACCAGGUCACGACCUGGCAUUUGGGAAACGCUGAUCUUAACUAUAACUUUUGAAGCUUAAUGAAUUAUUUGAUUGAAAGUUUUGAAACUUAACAAUUCUCCUUUUCCUCCGAAUACAUCAUUUCACUUAACUAAUAUUAGUUAAUUUAUCUCAAUAGAAUUUUUUUCUUCUUGCAAUAAUAAUAAUAAUAAAUGAUCAUUAUUUUUGCCAUGUUCUUUCUCAAGAGUUAACACCUAAUUUAAUAGGUGUGAAGGGGUCCCUGGCAAUUUGUCAUGGUGGAGGUCUAAGAGAUUGUUUUCUUUUUAUUUUCAGAUCUUACAACAGCUUACAUAAAAUGUACAGAUUCAUCAGAGCCGUAUCAAAUGGUAGUUUAAUUUAAUUUUCUUCAAGUACACAUAUAUGCUCUAAUAGUUGACACUAGAUUAGUUAAGCAGUAGUGCAUUAAUAUAACUUCCAAUGAGAAGCCAGUUGGGUAAAAAUGUAACCAGAUUGAUAAAGAUUUUACAAAGCUAUUAGCAUACUAAAAAGUUGGGGGGCAAUUAAGCUAAAACGUAGCCACUCAAUUAUUAUUUAAAGGUAAAAAUUAUUUAAUUGCGCCCUAUGCUAGCGGCGGCCCCCCCCCCCUCCCCGUUACUAAAAAGAUCUGAUAGAAUUGUUGAUACUAUUUAACUAAAAUUAUUUUACUGAAAAAACAAAUUGAAACCAAACUAAUUACAUGAUUCAAAUUUUUAUUCAUUUAGGUCAUUUUAGACAUACAGACAGUGGUGACACAGACAGGUACAGAUCUUCAAAACUUACUCGAUUUGGCUGCACCUUACCGCACAGAUGAGGUAAAGCAAAUUACUCAACUUGUUCAUGUAACCUAUUGUUAUCUUACUAAAGAAGGUAAAGGGUGGUGUGCAUCAUUAAAAUCAACUAAUUUUCUAUUGCCUUAAUCUUUUGUUUUACAUUUAAUUUCUGACAUUUGACUGUUUUAAGUUUUUCCAAACUUGAUCUUUUUUCCCCAGAAAAAAAAUGGUGAAUUUACAGGGAAUUUCCGUACCACAUUUCUGAUUCUUUUGUUUAAUUUGGUCAACGGCAAACAUUUAUCCAGGGUGGUGGGCUCGGCUUUCUGAAAGGUUGUCUAAAGGGAUUAGCUUGUGACGAUUAAAUUUAAAAAUAAUAGUUCCUUCUGUACAUCCCUAACAUUUUUGUUCCAAAUUUUUUACUUUUUAAAACAGUUCAAUAAGUCAACUUUACAACUGAAAAAUGAACUGCAAUAUUGUAUGGGAAACCUUUCCACAUUGCUCACUGACGUAGGCAUGUGCACCAACAUCCAUCAUCAAUACAUCACUGGAGUCAAACUUACCUGUCACGAUAUACUGUGAGUCAUUAGUUAAACAUUGCACAGUAACUGUCAAAUAACUAGUAAAAUCUGUCAAAACAAUAUCAAUUUACAGACUUGAUACUAUUAUUUAUUAAACUGUGGAAAUGUGUGUGCUGCACUUGAUCUUAUCCAUUUCUUGUUCCUAUCAAACCCUUGUGUGCGUUUAUAAAUAUUAUCAUUUAAAAAAAAAAGUCUGGGUAGACUUUGGAAGCUAACCAAAAUAAUAAUGAAGUAGGGCUAAUUGGACCAUAGUAAAAAAUAGUAAAAAACCAUACACAGAUCCUGUGAUUUUAUUUUUCAUUAUGUGUACCAGAACUUAAACAGGGAAAAAAACUAUUUAGAAUUAUUUACGUUUAAUGUCACAAGAAAUUAUAAAUUUUUUGUGUGGGCCACUGAUUUAAUAAUCAAGGCCUGGCAGCUUACAUUUUUUGUGUGAACCACUGAUUUAAUUAUCAAGGCCUGGCAGCUUAUAUUUUUGUGUGGGCCACUGAUUUAAUUAUCAAGGCCUGGCAGCUUACAUUUUUUGUGUGGAGCACUGAUUUAAUUAUCAAGGCCUGGCAGCUUACAUUUUUUGUGUGGGUCACUGAUUUAAUAAUCAAGGCCUGGCAGCUUAUAUUUUUUGUGUAGCUCAUUCUGUGUUUGUAUCCUGUUUUUAAGGCCAGACAGGUGUUAACUCUAUGCACCUUGGCUCAAAUAAAUAGCGCACAUUAUUUUCUAUAUUCAUAAAAACACAUAAAUAAUUUUUUUAUAUAAAAUAAAAAAAAAAAAAAAGUCAUGCUCAUUAAUCUGUUUUAAAAAGUUGUGAAAAUGUGGCAGCAUUUAUUUUUUAAAAAAAAGUAGUCAAUUUUCACUUUUUUAACAAUUUUUGUUUUCAAGCUCUGCAAGCUCCUUCCUGGCCUUGACCUUUUGUCUGCUGGGGAUAGUCUGCACAUUAAUUAUCUUCACCAUCUCCUGUGUGUGGAGGGAAUACACCAAGAAAAGGUCAGAUUUAAAAAAGAAAAAGAUGAAAAAGAUUUUUUCCUUUAUAGUAAACUAUGAUUUUAAGAGACUGGGUUGGUAAUAUAUACACAUUCUGGUCGUUUUUCUGGAAAAAGAUUAAUUUAAAAGUACAUUUUCGGUGGUUAGUUUUAACUUACACUUGCUAUCUACAUUCAGCAGUGAAUGGAUCGAGAAUUACGAUUGUUUGGGUACCAUCUAUAACCAGACCAGUUUACUCUUACGAUUUUGGCGUACAAUGUACGAUUUUGAGGUGCAUACAUUAUAUAUACUGUAUGUAAAUUUGUUUACUAAUAAGAUAAUGUAUGCAACUAUUUUGUGAUGAUAUUGUACGAUUUUAAGAGUUUGAGGGUAAACAGGUCUGUAUAACUAUAUUAUGUUUGCCUUGGAAGGGGAAUGGAGUGAUAUUAUUUAUGAGAUUUUUGUGUAAGUGGUGGGGGUCGUCUAAAUAUUUAAGUCUAUUAAAUUAACACAGCCACAUUUUCAUGAUGAUAGGUGUGAUGAUAAUGUUGUUGCUCUGUGUUUUCAUAAUGAACUCACUAGACAAGGCAAAUGUAAUAUAGCGUAGUUACCUAGUGACACUUAGUAAAUCCAGGGCCAUCAUUAUAGUGUGUAUGCAUACAUGCUGAGAGGGGGGGUGUCAAUUUGUAAGAUUUUGCAAUGUGUGCAGAAUAAUAUAACUACGAUUACAAACAUUGGCGCUACCAGCGACUCGUGGCCAUAACGGAAGAAAUGCCGUGCCGCAUGGUAGUUAACCAGUUAACCUCUUGAUAAGACUGGGCCAAGAUGAGGGCUCAUUUAUUGGCUCAAUAAUAUAAACUUUGAGAUUGGCUGGCUGGUCUUCCUACCAGCUAAUCAGAUGGUUUCUCACAUCGCUCAUCACGCCAUUUUUAAUGGUGGGUUUCUUUGCUUGUUUACAUUGUUCUGAUAUUUUAUAUCAAGUAACUCUAUAAAUGCUUGAAAAAAUAUAUGACUUAGAAAUAUGCCACAAGGCAUAUAAGCAAAGCACAACCUAUGGAAUACUUUAUGCAGUUUUUCACAUUGAAUCUAAUUCAAAUUUUUGUUUGGACUUAUUUAGGUUCCCACAAUAAAAAUAACUUCAUAGGUCCGUGAGAAAAACAUAUUUAUACUAAGUGUAAAAAGAAUUUCCAUGCAAAAAAUCAUGCAAAUUUGGACUUAACAAAUAUUUUCAUGCUCUUAUGACUAAACACAAUAUUUUCAUGUCCUUUGACUAAACAGAAUAUUUUCAUGCCCUUUGACGAAACACAAUAUUUUCAUGCCCUUUGGCGUCAACAUAAUCUUGUCAUGCCCUUUGACUAAACACAAUUUAUUAAAAAAAACUAACUCUCUUUUGUUUGCUAUAGACUCAAAGUGAAGGGAAUUCCGAAAAUGAUAAGGAAGGUUUUUAAAAUUGAAGAUAGAAGCCAGGAAAGCAAAGCAGAAGCACAAACAAACGAUGAUUAUGGUUACGUCUACAUUGGAGAUACUCAGAAACCAGAAAAACAGAGGAAACCUGUCUUUAAAAAGUAUCAGUCCUCCAACGAUUUCUCUGAGAAUCCAUGGGAAUUUGAAUCUGAGGCAUCUAAAAGCAUUCAAGGCACAACGGUGCAGGAGAAAAACAAUUCAGUGGCUACAUCAAUGGAUUAUCUCUCUUUGAAAGACAACAUCUCUGUCAACAGUAAGGUGGCCACUGAUAGAAUUUCUGAAAGUUCAAAUCUGACUGAGCUUGAGAGCCAGUUUUAUUUUUGGAAGAGAUCUUUAAGCAACGCCAUUCGCUUAUCAGACUUAAAACUGUUUGACCAGCAGAGUAUCAGCCUGGAUGUCUAUAACAGUUUAGGCACAUCCAUUGAUAAGAUGAAGUCAGUUACUAUCACACCAGAAAAGUCACCUAGAGAAAGUGAGGAUCCGGUAUAUUGGGAUGUUGACCGAGUGGACUGGCCAGUCAAACAAUUCAAAGAAGGAUCAUUAGAACAUGAAAGGAAAGUUAAAAAUAUUAAAUAUGCUCAACUGGAAGAUGCUCCAGCAAGCAUGGGAGUUUGAGGCAGGCAGAUGUACAAAAACAACAUACUGCACACCCGAUGUGAGAGAACAUGUGAGUACUCUCCAUCUAAGAUACACUGAUGGUAUCAAGCGAGCACACAUUUUUUACUGCUGUGUAUAAACCAAGGCAGAUUUCCUAUGUGUAAUGUAAUCCAACACAUUUUGCUGCAGACUUGCUGUGUGCAGUGUAAGCCUACAUAUUCAACAGCAGACCUGCUACUGCUAUGUGCACUGUAAGCCUACAUACUCAACAGCAGACUUGCUUUGUGCAGUGAGUGUAAGAUUACAAAUUCAACAGCAGACUUGCUAUGUGCAGUGUAAGCCAACAUAUUCAACAGCAGACUUGCUAUGUGCACUGUAAGCCAACACAUUCCACAGCAAACUUACUAUGUGCAAAGGGCUGAUUCAAACUAUAAGAGUCUCCCCCACACAGAGGUGCACUCAUAGCUGCUCUCACACUGAUAGCGGCUGGUAAUGCUCAUUGCUUCUUAUCAACUAAUUUAGUCAGAUCUGAACAGUAGACAAGUAGCUCUGAAAUGGACUGCUGAUUACAUUUCUUGAUAUCUGUGUGUCUAAAGUCUGGUGCAGCACCUUCAUGAUGUGGUGUGUCAGAAAAUACAGCCUGGGAAUUGGUAUAUCCAUAGUCUUUUUAUUGUUUCAAACACCACCAUCCAGGCAUCGAGGAUUGUUCUUGUCGCGCACAAGUUUGGAGAGCUUAAACCAUGUAGGUCUCUUACAGAAAUCAACUUUAAAAAAAAUGAUGCAUCAGAUUUUUCCUUAGAGUGAAACAAUAUUAUUUGUUAUGCUCCGUUGGGUAGGCGGUUCUGGCAACUGACAUGAAUGGACUUGACAUGAAAGACUAGGCAUUGGGACAAGGACAACCUGAAUAGUUUCUAUGACAGAACCAAUGUAGAGCAAAAUGUGAAAUAAAAACUCGAGUUCAGACAGCUGUAUAUUUUGAAAAAAAUUCUAAGAACCCAGAACUGAAAUAUGUAAAUGUAUGGAAAUGAACACAUGAUCAACUCUGGCAAAGAGUAAUGAUGAAUGAAACUAAAUAAUCAGUGGUAAUGAGUAAAUGUGUCUAUAAUUAACUGUAGUUUCUGUAUGUAUUUGUUGUAUUAUCAGAUUUUUAAAGUUUAUCUCCAUUUAUUGUCAACAUAAAACUUUUAUGAAAAAAUAAAACUCACAGGAAUUUCUUCCCCCCCUUUUUUUUUUUCCCCCCUGAAAAUUUUUCAUGAAGUGUGUUCAUUAUUGAAUUUAAUAUUUCAAUUGCGGUUUUGUUCCGAUUGUUAAGUUUUAUUAUUAAAAAAAAAAAAAAAAGCCAUCCUUUGCAUUGUGAACAUAUUACAAUAAUUGUUUUUUUUACUUUAAAUAAUUCUAAUAUGUUCCUGUUUCUUAACACAUUUUUAUAUUUUUCUUUUUGAUUUCUGUUGAUUGGCUACUAAUUUCAUUCUUCUUAUGCAUUUUUAUCCCAUCUGAGGCAUAGACCGUCCUCAGGAAUUUUCCAUUCUUCACGGUCCUGUGCUUUCCUUUCCAGUAGCUUCCAGGUGUAUCCCAUAAUUUGCGUUUCUGCCUCUAGCUUGUGUCCCCAUGUAUUCUUUGGCCUUACUCUUUUUCUUUUUCCCCAUGGAUUCCAUGUUAGAGACUGUCUUGUGAUUCUAUCUGGGGGUUUUCGGAGAGUAUGCCCUAUCCACCUCCAUCUUUUCUUUAUGAUGUCUUCAUCAAUGGACACCUGGUUAAGUCCUUUUUAGUAGAUCGUUGUUAGUGAUGGUAUUUGGCCAUUUGAUGUUCAUGAUCUUUCUAAGGCAUGUGUUUAUGAAGGUCUGUACUUUCUGCGUAAUGCUCGCUGUUGUUUUCCAAGUUUCUGCUCCAUGUAGUAGAACUGUUGUGACAUUUGUGUUCAAGAUUCUGACUUUGGUUUGCAGCUUCAGCUCCUUCGACUCCCAUAUUUUCUUUAAUAGUAGAAAUGCUGAUCUAGCUUUUCCAAUUCUGGCCCUUACACCCACCUGCCAUUUAUGUCGAUGGUGCUGCCUAAGUAUGUGAAGGACUCCACUACUUCCAGUGCCAUUCCUGCUAGAGACAUAUGCUAAUUUCAUAAUAUAUAAAUUUGGUUAGAAGUCUGAGUUUGUCCUUCUUCAGACCCAAUUAGAAAAAUUACUAUUUUAAGAAGUUACAUGAUAAAAGCAGCAUAUACAACCCAUUAUGUCAAAUAAAAAAGCCUAAUCCUCAAUAGUGAUGAAGAUUUUCUGUACAAACAUGUACGAAAUGUAUCACUAUGCUUUACAUAUUUAGAUUUAGAUAAUUGUAACAUAUUUUACAUCUGAUACCGGUACUUAAAUAUAUUGCUAAUAAUUUCAAAGGCAUCACUAAUAUUUCUUUGCAUUAUUAAUCUGACUUUUUGUUCAGUAGUUUUACACUUACCACCACAAAGUGCGUGCCCUGCCCCGCCUCCUUAAGAAAAAAAACUUGUGGGAGAAAUAUUUUUCUUCAUUUUAUAAUUUUAAAUACAAUAAAGAAAAGCACCACUAUGCUGCAAAAACUAUUAGAUACGUUAAUACUUAUUUUUUGAGGUUUUACAGACCUGAUUAUUUGCUAUUUGUUUUAAUAAAAAUCUAAUGAUGAGCAUUGAUUCUGAAUAACAACAAUAUUUUGUGAUAUCUUUUGUUUACAGUCGCAGAGCUGAUUAUGUUCCCGUUGAUGUAACAGACCCAUUCUUGCCUCACCCACCUCCUUAUGAGUCGGAUUAUGGAGCAAUGGGAAACUUAAGUCCGAGGCCGUGGUUAGAACGAGGUACACUGCAGCAUACAGGAAGGUAGCAUUCAGUUCCCGUGCCCCAGCAUGCAAAACACUUUGUUUAAAGAAUCAUUACUAAUUAAGGAUUAUCAGACAUUUUAUUUACGGCAAACGAAAUGGCGUAGUGAAUAUUUCAGCUUCUAAAAAAAAAUUAACCUUAAAAAAAAAAAAAGUAAGGGCUUAUGAAAUUCUUGACUAAUCCCGCUAAAUUAAGAACAUAAUGAAUAACAAGAAGUUUUAAUGACUGUCAAGGGUAUGAGAAUCACUGUUGUUAUGUGUGGGGGAUUACAGUAAGUUAUGUUCACCCGAAGGGGUGCGAAUAUGAGUGGACAAGAUUGUUGUUAUGUUGUGGGGGGGGGGUGUUACAGUAAGUUAUGUUCACCCGAAGGGGUGCGAGUAUGAGUGGACAAGAUUGUUGUUAUUUGUAGGGGUUACAGUAAGUUAUGUUCACCCCAAGGGGUGCGAGUAUGACUUAACAUUCACGAGAUUGUCAGGAGAGAUAAGAUGGGUUUGGUCAGAGUCACGGUGAAGCUUUUUUGUGUGGUGCAAAUUUUCUGCCAGGCGUACUUUUGUUAUUGUACCAAGUGGAUUUUGAGUACAGUGUACAUGACUACUCAGUGUUGAGUUGCAGUGAAAUUAGCAUCUAGCAUGAAAGGAACUAUUCAGUCUUGUAGUGAAUUGAAACAAAAGUACAUCAAAAAUGACACUAUUCAUUGUUGUUAUGAAGUGAGAGACAAUAUCUAAAACAGUCGGACAUAAGGUUAGAUGAAUAUUUGACAAUGACCCUAAACUGUUAAUGCCAGAGUUUCAUGUCAGAGUUUCAACAUUCACAGUGCAUCCAACCAUGACGACCAAGUCCUGAUGUUAACCCAUCAACACCCACUUCCUGAUGACUCCCCACCUCCAGCUGUGAGUAUUCAACCCAUUCGGUUUGUUCUUACAUUUUAGAUGUCCACUUAUGUCCACUUAAUAAACUGAACUGUCUUGAAAUGUUCUGUUGGCUGUACAGUCAAGUUAAAGGGAGUGCUUAUCUUAUAAUCCACACCUAGAACAUAGAAUUAUAGAUUUAUAAUAUCAAUAUAGAACUACAGUGGUACCUGGGGUUAAAGGUUUAAUUCGUUCUGGGAAAGAGCUCCGCAACCUAAAAUGCCUGCAUCCUAAAACAAUUAUGAGGAGGGUCGUGGCUGGUGUGAGGAGAUGAAACAGAAAGUAAGAGAAGGAGAGGGCUACCAGAAUUUCUGUUGACAUAUCGGGAGUUUUCUCUUUUGGACGACAUUCACUAUCAUUAACAGAAUCAUUUAAUUUACGCUUUCUGGACAUUUGGUCUUCUUUUUUUUUUACACACUUGCAUUGAAUUCUGACAAGGAACCUAUCUAGAGAACCUGUUUUUGCCUUUUCUUUAAAAUGUUGUGAAAAUGUGACAAGAGAAAACGCUUGCAGUGAUGCUACUUCAACAAGUGCUGCUCGGUAAGUGGAAGGGUAAGGGGUUAUGCGAAUAUACAAGAAACAAAAUGGAAUAAACAACACGUCAAAAUGAUGUAACCACUGCCUGAGUGGCGUAUGGGCACCACAUAAGUAUGUUGUCUGCGUGAUAUUCUUGUUCAUAAUUGUCCAUGAAAAAUAUCAUACGUCGUGAAAUUUUUGCUUGCAUUCCAAUACAUCACUCGCAAACAAAUAAAAAAAUUUAAUAAAAAUUUAUGCUUAUAUCCCUAUAUGCUUGUAUCCUCACUUACUUGUAACCGGAUGUUUUACUGUAUAGACUAUAAUAAAAACCAAUGGUGUGAAUGUACAAAAUUGGCUAAAUAUUUUAUUCUUUUCUUCCUCAGUACCAUCCAGGUAAAUAUGUAAGGAGGUAUCCUAACCAAAACUCGGCUAUUCGUCACUGAGGUCAGACAAUAUCACUGAGUGAAGUAAAAAGUUACAACUUAUUUUUAAAUAAAGCUGAAAUGUUUUAAAUUUAACAUUUUAUACAAUUCAAUGUUUAUUAGUUGUAAAUUAAUGAGUUCUUUAUGAAGAAAAAAAAAAGGGAAGAAUCAUAUUUUGCUCAUUGUGUCAUAUUCCAUGGUAUAUUUUCAUUGAAUUAUUCACCGACAUAAAAUGUUAGCAGCAGUGUAAAGAUUAUGUUAACAGGGAUUAAUGUUAACAGACUAAUGUUAUUUUAUCAAAAGAGGUCUUAUUUUCUCAUUGUACAAAUCAAAAAAGGAUUGCUAUUUGUUUGACUUAUCUAAUACUCAGUUUUAAAUCUUUUUGUUUGAAUUUCUUCCAAUACACAGAACAAUCUUUUACUUAAUGAAUUACUGUUAGAUCUAAAUGUGUUUGUAUUAAAAAUUAUUUUUUUACUUUUGUUGCUUUUUUAAUUUAAAUUUUAUUUUAUUUAUGAAAUCCAAUUAUUAGCAAAGUUUUGAAUUGAAACUUGUACUUCUACUGCAUGGGCGCCCGCAGGGGGGGGGGGGCACUUGCGGCCCCCCUCCUGGAUUGAUUGGAUAAAAAUUUUUUAGACAAAAAUAGACACAAAAUUUAUUAAAGUAAAGAGAAAGUAAGUAAGCUGAUGUCCUGUCCGUUCGUUCACCAUACAAAUACGCUACAGUAAAUUAAAACUAUAUUAAAACAUUAAAAAUUUUUAUCCCCCCCCCCCCCCACGGAAAGUUAAUCGAUUUUUUUUGCCCCCUCCCUAGAAAGUUUUUUGCGGGCGCCCAUGUUCUACUGGACUAUUCUUCCAAGUAAUCUAAUCUUCCAAAUCUGUUUUGGGGAUAACUAAAGUAUCUGUGCUUUCACUAUCAAGAUCUAAUGCUCAUUGAAAGAAUGAAGUCCUCCCGUUAAAAAAAUAAUGGACAUGCAUAAGUUUAACAAAAAAGUCGAGAUAAAAAAUGGAUAUUUAAUUUUUUUAAUAUUAAGAUUUAUGAAUUAAGUUAAAAAAGAGAAGUUAUGUUUAAACUGUUCACCAAAUUUCUUAGGAGAACUUAAAACACUUUGACAUAAAACCUGAAUCACUUACUAUAAUUAUACGUUUUUUUAAUUGAUUUUUGAGGUCAUUAAAUUCUGUUCAAAUAUGUUUCCAUAUGCAUACAUUGGUAUGUAAAUUUAUACAUUUUAAAAAUUGUUUAGGCAUUCCUUACUUAAUUAACUAGUAUUAUUCAAAUGACUAUGCCAUCAAGCAAAAUCAUUUGCAAAUAUUAUGGAAAAAAAAAGGGAAGGUCUGAUGUAAAUUUAAAAAAUUAAAAUUUAAGAUCUUUAAUUAAAAAAAAAAAAGGAUUUGCUAAGCUGUUUGUAAGUCACCCUGGGAGGUGAUUAAGUGUGGAAUAAUCGAAAAUUUUCAAAAAUAUAUCAUUUGAAAACUUUAAAAAAAAUUUUUUUUUAUGCACGGCAACAUAAAUUAUUCUUAUAACGAAGGCUUGUUAAACAAGGUCUUUUUUUACUAGUUAUUUUCUUAUAUUUCAGUGCCUUAAAGUUAAGUCAUCCAUGCAUUUUUACUUUUGUUACUUAAUAAAGUGUUUCCCAAACUCACCAAAGAUAUAGACCCCUUUCGAAAUGUUGACUUUGCUAGUCUUUCUGUUUCAUACAUACUUUGUAUAAUUCCAGUUUUAAAGCAAUCCUUUAAAAUGUAAAAAGAGAGGUUGAUUUUUAAAAAAAAGUUUUGAAUAACAUUCCAGUAGCCUUUUCAAUUCCUUUCAGGCUUCUGGUAUUUUGACAAAACUGGAAGGUGUAUUCUUUGGUCUUUUAGAGAAUUGUGUACAAAUCAUAAAUUUUAAACCGGUCUCUCAAAAGACUAUUAUUUCAGAAUCCAUGACACAUUUUCUUGGAAUUGGAAUAAUAAAUUAAAUUAUGCUAAAAAGAAAAUACUUAUGAAAGUGUAAAAAGCUCUUACCUUAACAUUUAAUAUUAUUAAAAUUUAUAAUGGGGCUCUAUUUUGUCAAUUAAAUUCUUUUUUUUUUUUAAAUUGAAACAAUAAUUAGUAUUUACACUUUUAUCUCAGUUAAAAAUUGUUCAAUAUAUUUCUUUUUUUAUAAUGAGCUAUGUAUAUAUUGUUUUUUUUUGUUGCUUGUUUUAUGUGUAAGCUUUCUUUAUUUAACUAUAAAGUUGUGUAUAAAUAUAAGAGCAUGUUAAUAAUACUGGAACCAAAACUUAUGGCUAUACUUUUUUUUAAACAUAAGUCUCUAUGAAAGCUGGACUUGGUAAAGUCUUGCUGUCUGAGACAAUGGUUACAUCAGGCUUUACACUUGAAUAUAUUUUAUUUGUCUUGAAAUCAAUUUGGGUAAAUUUUCAUAUUACUCUUUUUUUUUUUUUAAAGUCAUCUGGUCUGUACAAAAUUGAUUUACAAAUGUUUUGAUAUUCAUAUGCAAUUUUUUUUUAAACAUUUCUAUAUAUACCGGUAUAUAUAAAUAUAUAUAUUUUUCAAAUGGAGUAAUGCCCAUGUCUUCUGUAAAUACCUUAUAAUUGUCAUACACGUUUUUCUGUAAAUACCUUAUAAUUGUCAUACACGUUUUACUGAAAAGACCACAUUGAAGGCAUUGGUAAGACUAAGAAUGAUAAAAUUAAUACAUUGAUCGUGGGCCCUUAAAAUAAGCCAUUCCCAAACAAUAGUCUGUUGUAAAUUUGCUAGCUAUUCUUUGCAGCUCAUUCCACUCUUGUUAUUACUCACACACUCUUUGAGGUCCCUUGAACAUGCGUACCCUGGUCAACUUCUCUCUCUAGUAAGCUGUGGAUUCCACGACACAGACAGUCUAGUAAUAUUUGAAAUUUUCCCUGCCCUACUGCAGUAGCUUUAAUAGAUUAUCUUUGUUUACAGCAUGAAACCAUCAGUAUAUUUAAAAAAAGGCAAAGUGCUUAUAUUCUUACUUGGACUUGUUCAAUAAUUAGGGCCUGUUUAAAAAAUAAAAAAAAAAAUAAAAAAAUC